UCCAGGAGAGAUGGAGCCUCCUCACUAUGUGGAAGAGCUAGAGGACGAUGUGUUCCACCCGGAGGACUCAGAGCCUGGUGCUCAGCCAGGGGGCCUGACCUCAGCUGCUCUGUUUGCCCAGAGCCAGCCUGACUAUAUGCUGGAUGGGCUGCAGCUUUUCCCUCUCACCCACUGCUGUGGCCCAGGGCUUCGGUCAGUUGGCCAGGAAGAUAAGGCCACUCAGACUCUCAGUCCAGCAUCCCCCAGCCAAGGUGUCAUGCUGCCUUGUGGAGUGACUGAAGAGCCCCACCGACUCUUUUAUGGCAAUGCUGGAUAUCGACUUCCCCUCCCAGCCAGUUUUCCUGCUAGCCUGCGGCUUGGAGAGGAGCCCCCUGAGGAGCAGUGGGAGCAUCGAGCCGAGGUGCAGAUUGCCCAGAAGCUUCAAUGCAUAGCGGACCAGUUCCAUAGACUCCACAUGCAGCGGCACCAGCAGAACCAAAAUCAUGUGUGGUGGCAAAUCCUCCUCUUCCUUCACAACUUGGCCUUGAACAGAGAGGAGAACAGGAAUGGGGCAGGCCCUAGGUGAGGCAUUGCUGCCCCUCUCUGUGUGAGGACCACAGGGAGAACUCCUCCCUACCCCACCCCUGGAGCAGGACAUCAGGGAGAACUCCAGGA